CAAACCCGAACAAGUCCACUAUCCACCCCUCCAACCCAACUGCAAGGGAAGGCGACGCAGUUCGAUUCGAUCGCUUAUAAUUCUCGUCUCGCUUCCUCCUCGCUUCUCUCUAGCUUUGCCGCGCGCAUCCGGUCCCAACCUCUCCGGCUCCGAGUAUUCUAUUCUCCCGGGCCGAGCCAAUUCAACACGCUGUGCGUAGUUGGGCACUUCCCCAGCCGCAGAUAUAAGCCGCGCCGUGAGGCCGAACCUCCUGUCACAGACGACGGGAGUCGGGAGACGAGAUCACACACACCCGCACACAGAGGCAGAGGCGCGGGCACACGACACAAGCGGCGGCGUAGCAGAGCACAGCGCGGCUAUCACAUCACAUGCGCGCAGGCGCAGCGGCGCGGAGGCAGCAUCCGCGGGCACAUGCCGAGGUAUCGCGCGGCUGUCGUGCAAUGAGCGGCGCGGGCGCCGCAGCGUUGUCUCGCCGGCUCGGGGUCGUGCUGCUGCUGGUUCUGGCGGCCGUUCUUGGAGCCGAGGGGAAGGCACACAAAUACGAGGACGCGCUGCAGAAGAGCCUGCUCUACUUCGAGGCGCAGCGGUCGGGGCGGCUCCCGCACAGCCAGCGCGUCACCUGGCGCCACCACUCCGGCCUCACCGACGGCCUCGAGCAAGGGGUGGAUUUGGUUGGGGGUUACUACGACGCCGGGGAUCAUGUCAAGUUCGGCCUGCCGAUGGCGUUCACGGUGACGAUGCUGUCAUGGAGCAUGAUCGAGUACGGAGACGACGUCGCAGCGGCCGGCGAGCUCGGACACGCGCUGGAGGCCAUCAAGUGGGGCACGGACUACUUCAUCAAGGCGCACACGAAGCCCGACGAGCUCUGGGCUGAGGUGGGCGACGGCGACACGGAUCACUACUGCUGGCAGCGGCCGGAGGACAUGACGACGUCGCGGCAGGCGUACAAGGUCGACCGGGAGCACCCCGGGUCCGACAUCGCCGGCGAGACGGCGGCGGCGAUGGCGGCCGCGUCCAUGGUCUUCCGCGAGUCCAAUCCGCACUACGCGCACCUCCUCCUGCACCACGCCCAGCAGCUGUUCGAGUUUGCCGACAAGUACAGGGGGAAAUACGACAGCAGCAUCGCGGAGGUGAAGAGCUACUACGCGUCGGUGAGCGGGUACAAGGACGAGCUCCUGUGGGCCGCCCUGUGGCUCCACCGCGCCACCGGCAGGGCUGAAUACCUCGACUACGUCGUCGACAAGGCCGACUGCUUCGGCGGGACUGGUUGGGCCAUCAACGAGUUUAGCUGGGACGUCAAGUACGCCGGCGUUCAGAUCCUAGCAGCAAGACUGCUGCUUAGAGGAGAGCACGCGACGCAUCACAGGAGCACGCUGGAGCAAUACAAGGCGAAGGCGGAGCACUACGUGUGCGCGUGCUUGGGCCGGAACAUGGACGGCGGCGCGGACGCAAACGUGGAGCGCAGCCCUGGCGGGAUGCUCUACAUCCGGCAGUGGAACAACAUGCAGUACGUGACCAGCGCCGCGUUCCUGCUCUCCGCAUACUCGGACUACCUUGCCGAGGCCGGCGUCCGGACCGUGGCGUGCGCGGGCGGCGAGACCGUGGCGACCGACGAGGUGUUCGCGCUCGCCAGGGCGCAGGUGGACUACGUGCUGGGCACCAACCCCAGGGGCGUCAGCUACCUCGUCGGGUACAGCGCCAAGUACCCAAACCGAGUGCACCACCGCGCCGCGUCCAUCGUGCCGUACAAGCACAGCAAGGAAUUCAUCGGAUGCACGCAGGGGUUCGACCACUGGUUCGGCCGGCGGAGCUCCAACCCCAACGUCCUCGUCGGCGCGAUCGUCGGCGGGCCGGACCGGUGGGACAGGUUCAGGGACAACCGGGAGAACUACAUGCAGACGGAGGCGUGCACGUACAACACCGCGCCGAUGGUCGGCAUGUUCGCGAAGCUGAACCGGAUGGCGCGGCAGGAGAGGGAACAUGGGUCGACGCCGGUGGCCUCGACGGCUGCUGAGGUGUAAAUAGAUAGGAUGUAGAGGGGGCUGUACAAUUUUCCCCAUUCUUUGGUUCCAUUUUUUGAGCUUUGGAUUUCAUUUUACACAGAUCGAGAUGAUUGUAUACAAGAAAGAAAAGAAAAGAAAAGAAAAGGGGUGGAGGCAAUUAGAUGCAAAUGUAAAAUCGCUGCCAGUACAUAUGAGAAAAAAUUGGCAUGCUUAAUUUAUUGGCGA